UCCGUCCACCAUUUUGUCUUCUGCUCAGGAACAAAUCCCCACGCGGCCGCUCCUCACCACCAGCACCACCAGCAGCACUACCAGCACCACCACCGUGUCGAGCGGCCACUUCGAACACCGCCAACUUGGAGCAGAGCAUCAUGGCCGAGUACGUGCGCGUGGCGGACGACGAGAACGAGGAGCCCAUGGAGAUCCCGUCGGAGGAGGACGGCACGGUGCUGCUGUCGUCCCUCGCGGCGCAGUUUCCCGGCGCCUGCGGCCUCAAGUACCGCAACCCCGACACGCGCAGCCUGCGCGGGGUGCGCCUCCUCGAGGGGGUCCUGCACCCCCCCGAGGAGACCUGGGGCAGCCACAUGUACAUCGUGAGCUACCCGAAGGGUACGGGCGACAACAAGCGCAAGAUGGACGAGGCUGAGAUGUCGAACGUGGCGAAGGUGAAGCGCUCGGUGCAGAAGACCUCUGACCUCAUCGUGCUGGGCCUGCCCUGGAAGGCGUCGGAGCAAGACAUCCGUGACUACUUCAGCACCUUCGGGGAAGUGCUCAUGGCCCAGGUUAAGCGCGACAUCAAGACGGGCAACUCGAAGGGCUUCGGCUUCGUGCGCUUCAGGGACUACGAGACACAGCUCAAGGUGCUGGCUCAGCGGCACAUGAUCGACGGGCGCUGGUGCGACUGCAAGCUGCCCAACUCAAAGGUGAAUGGCUGGUGCAGUUGGAGUGAUGACAUAAACCCUAGCAACGGCUCUUACCAAGUCGGCGACGCAUUCCGUAGCCGUAAGAUCUUCGUGGGCCGCUGCACUGAAGACAUCACGGCCGACGACCUUCGCCAGUUCUUCAGCCAGUUCGGAGAGGUCACCGACGUCUUCAUCCCCAAGCCCUUCCGCGCCUUCGCCUUCGUCACCUUCUCCGAUGACCAGAUCGCCCAGGGCCUCUGCGGAGAGGACCUCAUCAUCAAGGGCACCAGCGUCCACAUCUCCAGCGCCGAGCCUAAGUUCGGCUACGCACGCGGCGACAACUUCGGCGGCGGCGGCGGCGUCGGCGGCGGUCGCUACGGCUCGUACGGCGGCGGAGGCGGCGGUUUCGGGGGCCAGGGCGGGUACAACAUGGGCGGCGGCGCCGGCGGUUACGGGGGCAUGGGGGGCAUGGGCGGCGGGGCCGGGGGCGGCUUCGGCGGGGGUGGGGGCGGGAUGCCGGGCGCGGGCGCCGGCGGCGGCGCGGGCAACAUGAACUUCGGCGCGUUCAACAUCAACCCGGCUAUGAUGGCGGCCGCCCUGCAGAGUAGCUGGAACAUGAUGGGCAUGCUCGCCAACCAGCAGGGCGGGACCAGCGGCGGCGGGGGCGGCGGCGGGGGCGGCGGUGCGGGGGGCGCCCCGGCCCUGACGGGCGGCGCGGCACAGCAGGGCGGCGGCGCGGGGGCGGCGCAGGCUCAGAGCGGCGGCGCCGGCAGUGUGCAGGCCGGGGCCGGUGGGGCGGCCGGGGCGGGGGCCGGCGGGGCCCAGGCGUCGGUUCCCAUGGAGCAGGGGAAGGCGUAUGGCGGCGGCAGCGGCGGCAGCGGGGGGGGCGCCGGAAAUUCUGGGUACGGUACGGGCGGGCAGAGCGGCUCGUUUGGCUGGGGCUCCGGCGCGGCUGCCACCAACAACACGGGCAACAGUUUCGGCACCAGCUUCUCCAGCAUGGACACCAGCAAGUCGAGCUGGUAGUGCUGGGGUUAGUGAGGGCGGGCGGGGGGUGGGUUUGUACGGGGGAUUGGGGGGGGUUCUUUUUAGAGAGGUGUCUGUGUGACUAGGUGAGGAGUGAGGGUUUAGUGUUUUUCGUUUUAGGACGGGAGAGAGAUGAGAGCUGUGGGGCUGGAGGAUGAGCGAGUCUGUUGUUGUGCCCCAACCGAGAUAGUUGGAUGCAAGAAUUUGGUGUGGUUGAUUUUUGGACGAGUUUAAGUUCAGUUUUAAUUCCUUGAUUUUUUUUUAGAUUUGGACGCUGUUGAAAAAUAUAACACAUGGUAGCGUCUGUAAACUGCAGAAGAAAGUGAAGGUGGGGGGGUGGGGAGAUAAAAAGUAACAGAACCUGCCUGGACACGGGAUGUAAAACUGGCACCUAGCGCACGCAUUCUUCACUCCUCAGCCAAGACGUGUCGUACACUAGACGCAAUGCUCUUUCUGUCGUCGUGCUGCUGUCUUGUCGCUACAGAAGCGUUAGUCUGGCCCGUUGCAACGUGUCGCGUCGUCGCUACCGCUCGAUAACGUCGCCCCGCGCGUUUUUGUGCGAUUCGCAUCGCUGCCGUGUACUUGUGACUAAAACCUUCUGAGAGUCUUUCACCAGGAGCCGGCUCCGGUAACCGAGCGAGACGGCCAGGGAGAGCCACACGGCAAACGCAAAACCAGAAGCUCGUUAGCCCAUGGACCCCCGCGGCAUCGCCACCACCAACCACCCAAUCGGCCCACCCACUCGUUGCCAACAGCAAAAUUCAGGGUGAUGGCUCACGUGCCAAGUCGCCACCAGCACCACCAGCCACCAGUAGCAGCACCUCCAACAGCAGCCACCAGCACCAGCAAGCGCCACCAGCAAGCACCAUCAGCAAGCACCACCAGCAGCACCAGCAGCAGCACCACCAGAGCGACCGGCCCCAAGGUAACGCUGCGGAGCGUGGUGGUGCCUGGUGUUCACGGCCUGAAGAGGAGGAGUCGUCUGUGUGUGAAGAUGGCUGGUGGCUGGCUUGACUGGUGACUGGCUGAGUGGAGGGCUGGCGAGCGAGCGAGCACACUGGCUGGGUCUUUGUCUUGGAUGAUGAGUGACUCCGUUGGAAGCUGGUGGGAGGACACGCGCGUGACUGUUCUUUACGGUUUGACCGUUCGCUUGAACGAGUGGUGGUGGCGGCGGCGGGUGGCGGCUGGCUGAUGGUGAUUUGGGUGGGUGGUGGCUGGUGAUGGUGCGGCGGGCGCCUGGUGGAGUUUGGCCGUUUGAAUGAAGAUUGCGUGGGACACCCCCCCCCUCCCGGUGUUUAGAGAAAGUCCUCGAGCGGACUUUGCAAAUUGAUCGGUUUUCCCCCUUCCGCUCGACAAAGUAUCGGCAAAGUAAAAAAAACAGCAACAAAAAAGUCGCUGUGCGAUCCAGCCACACAACUUGUUGCACCCCCAAGCGAAGUCGCUUUACUCUUGAAAAUACACAAACGACAAUUUACUCGGCUUUCCCAAUCCCCCCCCCCCAACAUUUACAAAUAGGUGGCUCCACGUUUGCCCCGACCGUAUUUUUUCUCUUGAAAACAAAAUUGUCGCAUUCGGGCCCUACUCCAUCGACAAAACAAGUUGUCAAUUCCACGUAUAGAUUUCUCCUUUUUUAAAUUAAGUUUUAUUUUAUCAUCAACCCCCCCACCCAACACCACAGUUUAAAACUGAAUCGUGAGACUGAACAAAAUGAAGUUCACAUUUGUGAUGCUGGGGUGCGGCUGGCGUUGGCUUCCAGCGGGGACAGUUGCAAGCGGGCCCUGGUGAAUACAUGGUUACUUACGUCUGAUAGAUUUGGUUUGUUUUCUAUGAGCUGUUAACGAGCGUUGGGUCAUGUGCUAUGCUUGUGAUGUGCCCUGGAAUGUGGCGUGUGGUGAUGGCGUGCUGAUGUGAGUGAUGUGGUGGUGUUGGCCUGUUGGUGUAGUGUUUGCGUGUGUGGUAUUACUAGUGUCCUGUUUGCAUGCGUGUGGUCAUGUUGACAUGCGUUUGUGAGGUGUUGGGGUGUCCGUGUUGUCUACUUGUGGGUGUCAGUGUGGUGUGUGGAUGUCUGCUUGUGUGGGUGUCUGCUUGUGGUGUGCGGGUGUCGGUGCGUGUGGUGUGUUUGGUGCUGGCGUGUGAUGGUAUGCGUGUGUUCACGUUGGGAUGGUGGUGUUGGUGUGUCCCAACUUGUGUGUUGGUAUGAUGGCGUGCGCAUGGUGUGUCCGUGUGUGCUGUCAGCACGUCUGUUGAUGUGUUUGUAGCAUGCAUGUGAUAGUGCGUGUGUAUUGUAUGGCGUCUGGUGUUGGUAGUGUGAGUGCGGUGGUGGUCCCCUGUGCGCGGGCGAGCAUGUGCAAGUCUCUGCGUGCGAGUCCGAGUGUGCGCGUGAGACAUGAGCGUGCGAGUCUGAGCGUGCGAGUCUGAGCGUGCGAGUCUGAGCGUGCGAGUCUGAGCGUGCGAGUCUGAGCGUGCGAGUCUGAGCGUGCGAGUCUGAGCGUGCGAGUCUUGAGCGUGCGAGACAUGAGCGUGCGAGUCUGAACGUGUCUGUGCGUGCGAGUCUGAGCGUGUCUGUGCGUGCGAGUCUGAGCGUGUCUGUGCGUGUCUGUGCGUGCGAGUGUUAACAUUCCAGCGGGAGUCCUAGCUGCAUCAGUGCGCCGUCAGUGUUGUCGGAACGAGCGCUCGUGGUUGGCAGCGCUUGCUCAUGGCCGCACCGCCACACUUCCUGUCCCCUGACUGUCUGUGGCACGAGUUGUCCGUCAUCUGCCUCCUUUUUUCAAUAAACUCGUUGGUGUUACCGCAAA